CUGUGAUUAUCACCAUAGAGGAGAAUAUAAACAGUUUAAUUGUGAUAAUAGGGUGAUAUCUUAAUUUUUUACUUACUUAUCUGCAAUAGAUACUGUAGUGACUCCUUUUUGUUUGUUUACCAUGCCCUGAGGAAUAGAGUUAAAGUUGAAAAUAUUUCUUCUUCUUUUUUUGCUAUGAAUCUCAUAUUUUUAAACUUAUUAAUCAUUAAACAAACGAAGAACAAAAACAUUUACAGAUAAAAGAAGAAAAAAAAUGUAUAACCGAGUUUGAUUGGCUCUAAAAGUGUCUCACUAUCUCCCUCUCUUUUUCCUCUUUCGACUACACUUGACUAUCUAUUGCUUUUGUGAUAUAGCUGCCAUCGUCAGUGGAUGUGUUCACAUCUCCAUGUUGAUUGUUAGUAAUUAUAAUCUUAAUCGUAUACAACUACUAUCUUACUAUGUUCGCUCAUUUUUGACUGUUCCAAUCAGUAUGACUUCGUCUUUGUGAUAACUAGAACUCUACUUUAUUUUUUUCUCGUCUUUCACUAGUGAUCUUUGUCUUUUUUUUAUACAAACUUAUACAUUCAAUUUUUUGGUUCUUUUAUUUUUUGUCUAAUUUUUUUCUUGCACGAAUUUUUUUAUUAUUAUUGAGUACGCAAAUUUUGUGUCUUUAAGUGCCAUUUUGACUAUCAUCCGAGUUUGAUAAAUUCACAUAUUGUAAAUGAUUGCUGGUGAUUAUGUUUGGAGGUUUUGAAGAAAAUUAUUCGUGUCUUUUUCACCAUUAAUCUAUGAGUAUUCUUUGUCGUAAGUCUUAUCUUAUGUUUCAAUUAUAUGUGUUGUGUAAAAGCAUUUUUGGAUAAAGAUGACGACCAGCAUUUAUCAAAGUCAAAGUGGACAAAUUCAACAUCAACAUCAAUUACAAAAUUAUUGGAAUAAACCUGCAACAAUUAACACUACCAGUAUAAAUCCACUCGUUUGUUACGGAGAUUGGUUGAAUAAUCCUAAUUUAUUUUGGGCUAACAAUGAAACCCAUCCAGAAGGCAAUAAUUUAAUAAAUUUAAACCAUCACGCCAGUGGGAAUAAUGGAAGAUACAUCUCACUACACAACCAGUAUCAAGGUCACUCUCCGACAAUUUAUGCUCUUCAACAGCAUCCUCAACCUAUCCAAACACUUCAACAAAUUCAAUAUCAACACCCUCAACAUCAAUCUCAGCAUCAAAGUCCUGAACCAAAACGACUCAAAGUGAGCAACGGAGAAUUUGAAACGAUAGAUGGUUCAGAGGAUCAUGAAUGUGUUAACUGUGGUUCAACACAAACUUUAGUGUGGUGUCGUACAGCAACUGGACAUUAUCUUUGUGCUUCUUGUAAUGUAACCUUUAAUAAACAAGCUGUAAGUUCUUUACACCAACAACCAACUCCAAAUCAAGUUAAACAGAAACGACCUACGAGCAAAAGUCAUCGGACUGGCCGUAAAUGCGCUAACUGUGGUACAAGUGUCACUUCAUUAUGGAGAUGUAAUAGUAAAGGCGAAUCUGUGUGUAAUGCUUGUGGUUUAUAUUUUAAAUUACACAAUGUGCCUAGACCAUUAACUAUGAAGAAGGAUACGAUUCAAACUAGACGAAGGAAGCCUAAAAACGCAUCCCAGCAAUCACACCCAUACUUACCGCAUCAACCACACCAACAGCAUCAGCACCAGCAGCACCAAUCGAUACAGCUGCACCCGCAUCACCAACAACUUCAACACCAGCACCAGCAGCUUCAACAACAGCAGCAACACCAACACCACCAACACCAACAGCAGCCACAACCGCAGCAGCAACAACAACAACAGCAGCCACAGCCGCAGUCUCAACCACAGUCUCAACCGCCUCCACAGCACCAACCGCAGCAGCAGCCACAACCGCCACCGCAGCCUCAAUCACAGUCGCAGUCGCAGUCACAAUCGCAGCCGUCACCGCAGCCUCAACCGCAGCAGCAACAACAACAGCAACAGCAGCAGCCACAACCACAGCCUCAGUCUCAACCUCAAUCGCAGACUCAGCCUCAGAUUCAGCAACCUCAGCAACAACCAACGCUAUUACAACAAGCUAUUCAACAACAUUCUCAGCAUCUCAACCUUCUCCAACAAUAUUCAGGUGAUUUGGGUGGAAAUAAUCUGUUGGAUGAGGCGUCUGACAAUGAGAUUCAAAAAUUGUGAUCAAAAUAGUGAUAGCUCUUAAGGUUAUAGUAAUGAUUGUAAAAUUAUUCAUUUCAACUGAAAAAAUGCAAUUAAUGCAAACUGUUAAUCAGAAUCAAAAUCAAUCAAUCAAAUUGAUUGCGCUUAAUUCAUAUUUUUUGGAAAAUCAUUAAUUUUUUAUUGAAAUUUUUCUGGCUUUUUUUCUCAAUUUUUGACUAUUAUUAUACUUUGAGUAACUGAUCAAACCAAUUUGGAAAAGAAUCACGUUGAUCGCCAAUUAUUAUUUUUUUAUAACUUAUAACAAUUAUAACAGCUUAAAGCAUCAAAAAAUGGUAUGCAAUAAAACUGUACUUAAACUAAUAUAGGAAAACGAAAUAAUUUGAUUUUUUUUGUAUGAUUUAACUUAUCAUUAACAAAUGUUGAAACUAGAUUUUCUCCUUUUUUUCUAUAAGAAUUAUCUGAUUUGUAUUACGUAUCGCAGUAAUCAAUAAAAAAAUUUGU